CACAGAAGAUGCGGGGAUCGUCAGGCAUCGCCACCCGCCUUCGCUGCGAAGUAUAUAAGUAGAAGUAGACUGCGGCCAAGCCCUGUAAGCAUGGAUCGUGGUUCAAAGCUUCGAGUGUUCACUCUCUAUCGGGCAUUGGCCUCUGCCAUCUACCGCCAUGGCCGAAGACGCCCUCAAACUUGCCAACCUCGCCCAGCGCCUCCAGGUUCCAGCCGCGGGGCACAUUCUGCAUGGUCAUCACCUGGCAGCCCGACACCCCAGAGGUGCAUCCCACCGUGGAUCUCAACACGGCGACCACGGUCAGCAAGCCGCCCAAAGACACCUCCAACAGCUUCGCCUCCCGAUUCAAGGCGUGCAGCGGCACGACCGUAGGCGACUUCAAGCUCCCGAAAGUCGCGCCCCUCGUAUUCCCGCCAGAGGCCGAGCCGGAUCUCGACUUUGCUGGCGAUGGCAGCGGAGGAGACGCGGACGGCGGCGGCGUCAAGGGCAAGUUCAAAAAGGCCAAGGCCUCUUACGACGACUACGUCGACCGCCGCGAGCAGGCGACCUGGGCCGCCGAGAACCCAGACAAUCUCCUCGCGACGCAAACCCAGGCGACGUUCAGGAGCAAGUACUCGGACCCGAACCACCCGGCCAGCAUCGACCCCCUCGGCUCGUACCUGACGAACGGGCUCACGGACCGGGUGCACCUCCACUCCAGGGCCCGGACCGAGGCCGCCCAGCUGCAGGCCCGGAACGCGGCCGCCGACGCGCAGGAGCGCUCGAAAGCUGCGCAGGCGCAAGCGCAAAAGGCCGUGGCCGAGGCCAAGGCGAGGGAUGACGCGGCGCUGGUGCAGGCCAUGCAGGCCCGGGCGCGGGCCGGGUACACGUCGCCUCCUCUUCCUCGGGCGGCGGCGGCCGCGACGCCCCAGUACGGCGGUGCUGUCGUUCCCGGAGCCGGCCGUGGUGUGGCAGCGCCUGUUAUACCUCCGGUGCAGCUUAACGCGCUGUCUCAGGCCCUUGUGGACGGCUCGCAGAAGCUGGUCGAGACCCAGAACAGGUACAUCGCCGCGGGCACCAAGGCCCUGCAGGAUGUGAUGAGAAGGGAUAUGACUUAUCUGAUGGUGGUUAACUUGUCGGACGGGGAGCAGCAGUAG